AUGACGGCUACCCUAGAUGUCGAGAAAGCCCCAGUGCUCGGGAUAACUAUCGAACCGACCGAGGAGGAACUCGAGCAACUAGAACAACAAAACCGAUUGAAUGCCCUCCUGAAAGAACACGGUAGCACCUGGGACGGCCCCUCUGAUCCUCAAGAUCCAUAUAACUGGUCUUCUACUCGCAAAAUCACCGUGGCCAUCAUUGUCUCAAUGGGCCAACUUGUCACCAUCAUGACGACAAGUAUAGUAGCCCCAUCUUUGUCAACAAUCGCCCAGGAUUUGCAUAUGGGAUCUUCAGAAAUGCAAAUUACGUUUUCCAUUUUCGUCCUUGGACUUGCAUUUGCUCCCUUCCUUAUCGCCGCACUAUCCGAAAUGUACGGCCGAAAAAGGAUAUGGAUCAUCUGCAACUCGUGGUAUAUUCUUUGGAACUCAUUAUGUCCUGUCGGUCACUCUAGUGGGAUGAUGAUUGUUGGACGUUUUAUGGCAGGGUCUGGGGCUAGUGUGGGGACAACGCUCAAUUCAUCUGUGCUUACAGAUAUUUAUCGUGCUGAGCACAGAGGGAAGUCUUUGGCUAUCGCCACCUUCAUUCCUUACCUAGGUCCGGCCAUAGGACCAAUCUUGGGCGGAGUGAUUUCUCAAAACCUAAGGUGGGAGUGGUCUUUUUGGAUUCUCUCACUUUUUGAAGCUGCCAUCACUCUUGUUGGUCUCAUGUUAUUCGUUGAGACUUAUACGCCGACCUUGCUUCGUCGUAAAGCUGCAGCCCAGCGACACGAUCCGUCUCUACCAUCAUCCAAAGUGGUGAAGGUCAAGGUCUUCUACCGGGAUUUAUCCAAGAGGCUGAAACCUAGCAUUCUGCGCCCGAUUCUCCUACUGGUAAAAAGACCUCUGAUUCAAGCUGUAUCGCUCAUUGUCUCCUUAAACUUUGGGGUCUACUGCUUGAUGCUUUCCACCUACGCCAGCUUGUGGACUGAUAGAUACAACGAAAGCGAAACGAUUAGUAGCCUAAACUACAUCGCUAUAGCCAUCGGUACAACAAUCGCAACACAAGCUGGGGGCUAUGGAAUGGACUGGAUUUAUCGAAAACUCCGGAAGAGGAACAAAGGCCAAGCCAGUCCUGAAUACCGGGCCCCCUUUUUGGUGCCAGGCGUUAUGCUGGUUCCCAUUGGUCUUUUCUGGUAUGGAUGGUCUGCCAAUAAAACCAUGUCUUGGGUGAUGGUUGAUGCCGGUGCUGCCAUUUAUACGUGUGGAAGCUUUAUUGUUACGCAAGGCAUGUUGGCGUAUCUCUUGGAUGAGAUUGAGCAUGCUGCGUCUGCUAAUGCUGCUUCUCGGAUGCUUUCAAAUAUGUGUGGGUUUGCUUUCCCCAUAUUUGCGCCACAGAUGUAUAAUCGGCUUGGUUAUGGAUGGGGGAAUAGUUUGUUGGGUUUUGUAUUUAUCGCUCUUGGGGUGCCGACACCACUGUUGUUGUGGAUUUGGGGGCCGAAGCUGAGAGCCUUGGGGAAGAAGAGGUGA